GAGAUUCAGAACCGGCCCGAGCGGUUGACACUGGAUUGGCGAAAGGAGGAAGAAGGGAGCCAGCUCUCGACGUCUCCCACCACUGCCAGUGCCAGCUCUCUCUUUUUGAAGUUUGAAAUUGAAGUCUGUGGAUUGAAUUUGUAGCUUGCUGCUUCAGCCUUCAAAGGACUUUCCUUGGCCACCAUGCAAGGGCUCGCUGGCACGCAGGCCAAUGCUUGCCUAUCGACUUCGGUGCGUGGUGAUCACGAUCAUCUGCUGGUUUUCAAGCUGCCUUUCAUCGACACAACCACCACUUGGGAGCCGCGCUUGGUGCAGUGAUUGAUGUCGAUAGCCAUACUUACUAUUGCCGAUUGUGGUACAUUACAAAGGGCAUAGCACUGGCUUCCUGUCAAGGGGAGGAGAAGGAUCUGUCAAGAAAAUGCCAUGGUUCCUUUUGAUCAGAAUCCUUGAAUUGAGGGCUUAGCGCGGGGCUACUGCGCCAGCGUCACCAUGAUUGCCUGCCACAGAGGUUCUCUUGCACACCACCCAAGACUGAAGAGCCAACUGUGUUGUCGUAUUCAGUUGCAACAAUCACUUAGAAUCGCUCCGCAUGGCAGCCAGCCUAGGCUCGUCCAGAAAGUCCCCAAGCGAUGGCAUUAUAGAUCCAUCUCUGUGGUGCGGGCAAGCCAGGCAAGUGAUAGUGAGCCUAAUGAAGAGACAUCACUUUCCUUCAUGACACGUAGAUCAGCGUGCGUCGCAUUCAAUGCUGCUGUCCUAGCCGCGUGCUUGGGUCCAGUGUCGCCUUUGAAUGCAUCCCCGCUGAGUGGUGAUGAUCCUGAUCAAGCGCUGGACCAGCGAGCGGGGGGCUCCGUUGGAGAAGAGAGCAGUGCAGGACCGUAUGUAAGAAGUCACGAGCGGCACGUGGUCAUCACUGGGGGCAACAGUGGCAUCGGCAAAGCCACUGCAGUUGCCUUGGCAGGCAUGGGCAUGCACAUCACUCUUGCGUGCAGAAACCAGGCGCGCGGCAAUGCGGCUGCUGCUGACAUUUCUGAGAAGACAGGCAACGACUCCGUUCGCAGCAUGCUGUGCGACCUUGCCUCACUGCGGUCUGUCCGCGAGUUUGCUGAGAACUACCAGAAGACGGGUCGGCCUCUUGACGUUCUCGUAAACAACGCUGGCAUCAUGGCUUGCCCCCAGAUGUUCACUGAAGACGGCUUCGAGAUGCAGCUCGGCGUCAACCACAUGGGCCACUUCCUGCUGACGUCACUCCUGCUUGGGACGCUUGCCUCUAGUGCGACCCCUGGGCGUCGUACCCGGGUCGUCAACGUGUCUUCUCAGGCGCACCAGCUGGGGAGCAUCGACUUCGACGACCUCAACUUUCAGGGAAAACGAAAGUACGGACGCUGGGAGGCGUACGCACAGAGCAAGCUCGCCAACAUUCUCUUUACCAAGGAGCUAACGAGGCGCUGCGCGGAGCGCCAAGUGCCGAUCGACGCCAACGCGUUGCAUCCGGGCGUUGUUGAUACUCAGUUAGUCCGCUACCUCUUGCCGGCGCAACUCCUGGAGGCGCGAGACAAGGAUCCUACGAAAAGCUCGGCGUUUGCGAAGUUCAUCGGGUUGAGAACUCCCGAGGAAGGGUCAUCGACCGUCGUCUACCUUGCAUCGUCCCCUUAUGUUGAAGGCGUUUCGGGCGGCUACUACGAUGAUAGCAAGCCAGCAGAGCCUUCGAAAUUGGCGAAGGAUCCCGACUUGGCAUCACGGUUGUGGACUGUAAGUCAAGAGCUCACUAGUGCGCCCGACUUCGAAACGAGCCUGAGCGUCCCGACAAAGACUGCCCUGUGGUUAUUGCCAACUUAGGAGCUUGACAGUUAUUUUCAUUCUUUUUAAUAAGGCUGACCUAUGGACCAGAUAUGCAACGCGGAUCUCGAUGGAGAAUGAGAAAUAGGCGGCUGGGUGCAGCAGCUGGGAUGCAUGACGUUGUAACAACGCCCUUCUGGCACCUAUGAAAUCUCGUUGAUCGGCGCA